AUGGACGCUUCACUCCGAUCAUUCCUGAGCUUCGUCAAGACCGCGUCUCCCUUCUACGCAGAGCUGUAUAAAGAGGUCAACAUUUCAGACAGCAGCACAACAUUGCAGUCGUUGCCCGUCGUACCUCACGCAGCAUACUGGGCUGCGAACACGACCCGGGGGAAUCUGGUGCGAACGGCGCCCGUGACCGAUGGGGUCGUGUUCAAGACGGGCGGAACCACGAGCAAGCCAAAAGCGACGGCGUAUUCUCAAUCGGAGCUAUUGAGGACAUCAACACAACUGGGAGCUGGUCUCGUUGCGGCGGGGCUCAGGCCGGGCGAUCGUGUGGCCAACUUGUUCUAUGCUGGCGAGCUAUGGGGCUCUUUUUUGCUGCAUGUGCUGAGUAUCCUCUCGACAUCGGUACCAGCCGUGCAUCUCCCCAUCAGUGGACCAGCCCCACCAGAGUCAUAUGCAGAUUUGCUCGAGGAAUUCGACGUGACGGCAACGCUGUCUACAGUCACGAGUCUGGUCAAUCUCGCCAACUACAUGCUGCCACAGAAAAGGACACUCCCGUUGGUUCAUGCCGUCAUGUUCGCAGGAGAAGCGCUAUACCCAGACCAGCGCGUGCUUCUACAGCAGCUAUUCCCCAAUGCGACGUUUCGGAGCUGCAUCCUGGGCUCUAUGGAUGCUGGCGUCUUUGCAGAGUCCGCAGGCCAGGAAGACGCUCGUGUCCAUCGAGUGUUGCAGUCUUCCGUGGAGUUAGAACUGCUUGUCUCUACCGAUGAGCCCCACGGUGAGGUGAUCCGAGAGAACGGGGUGGCGGGAGACAUUGUCGUCACCAGUCUGAUUCGCAGCUUGACGCCUGUGGUGCGCUAUCCUACUGGGGAUCGUGCCGAGUGGGUGGACUACCAAGCGGGCAUUUUCCGAUUGCUUGGCCGUUCAGGAACCAGCAUCCGACUGGGGCCGGUGUCGUUGGACAUGCAGGAUGUUAGGAGAAUCUCGGUCGAAGCAGUGUCUCCCGUAGCAGUUCUGGGCGUUCAGGCGGUGCUGACCCGAGAGGCGGGAAAGGAUUGUCUGCAAGUGUCUAUCGCUGCCAACCGCGAAGAAUGCACAGAAAGACUGAACUUGACUGAUGAAGGUGCACGCGACCAGCUCUGUCGACGAGUGCUCGAGCGUUUAUGGGAAGAGCGGCCGAUGCUGCCACAACACAUCGCCAUGGGCUUGAUCGGGAGCGUACGAGUCCGACUAGUCAAGUUUGAAGAACUCGAGGUGAAUGUACGCAGUGGCAAGUUGAUGGGAGUAGUGGAUUUGCGAUGA